AUGUCAAAACCUACAACAAUAAAAGACGCAAUCAAAAAAUGGGAAGACAAACAUCCUGGCGAACAAAUUAGCGAAGCCCUGGAAGUUGGGCUGCAGUUCCAGUGGCCCCCGAUUGAGAAAAUGGACAACUCGUUGUCGGUGCUGCAAAAAUGCAAAAAACUAAGUUUGUCGACGAACAUGAUUGAGAAAAUCGCUGGUAUAAGCGCUUUGAAAAACUUGAAAAUACUGUCCUUGGGACGUAAUUAUAUCAAAUCGUUUUCUGGCUUAGAAGGUGUUGCAGAUACUCUGGAGGAAUUGUGGAUUUCUUAUAAUCUUAUUGAAAAAGUCAAAGGGGCGCAAGUACUUAAGAGAUUAAAGGUUCUCUACAUUGGUAAUAACAUGAUAAAAGAAUGGUCAGAAUUUGUAAAACUACAAGAAUUGCCUUGCCUAGAAGAAAUUCUAUUUGUGGGCAAUCCCCUAUACGAUAGCAUGGAAGAAGCCGUUUGGAAAGUGGAAGCAAUCAAAAAAUUACCAAAUUUGAGGAAAUUAGAUGGGGAACCUGUGGUCCGAGAGGACGAAUAA